AGAAAGGAGGAAGAAGGAAGAAAAGAGGGAAGAAAAAAACAGGGGAAAGAAACCCCUCCAGGCUUUCGAUUCGAGUGGGAGAGUUGAACCGAAAGAAAGAGAGAGAAAGGAGGAAAAAUCCUCUGCGGUAGAAAGAGAAAAGAAAACUUGGGCUGGCGAGAGGGGGGUGCCGGGGGUGGAAGGAAGUGAGAAAACAAAAGAGAGAUAAAAGGGCUGCUUUUCUGUGUCUCUUCCUCUGCGAGCUGCUUAGGAGGAGCUGUUUUGCAUCCCUUCACGUCAGCCCUGCCUCAUUCCCUUCUUCCAGGGAGGGAGAGCGAGCGAGAGAGCGAGCGAGCGAGCGAGCGAGCGAGCGAGAGGAGGGGGGAGCGAGAGGAGCCGGAGGGAGGGCGGCGGGAGCAGCGGGCGCGCGUGGAGGCGGGCGGCGGGCGCGCAGCAGCAGCCCGGGCGGUGGGCACAGCCAGGAGCCCCCGACCCGCCCGACCCGGCCCGGGCCGCCGAGGGCCCCAGCGCAGGAGCCGCGCCCGGACCCAGGCGAUGCCCUCCUAGCCAGCCGCCACGGGAUGGAGGGCUUCAUGGACUCAGGGACACAGACGGACGCCGUGGUGGUGCUGUCCUUGGCUCAGGCUGCCGUGCUUGGCCUGGUCUCCGAAAAUGAGCUCUUUGGAGCUACCAUAAGCGCCGAGGCCUUCUACCCAGACUUGGGGCCUGAGCUUUCUGGGGCACCCAUGGGAGAGCCCGGGCCACCAGGCCCUGACAUCUACCAGCUGGCCUGCAACGGGCGGGCCUUGGAGGAGCCGGCGGAGGAGGAGGUGCUGGAGGUGGAGGCAGCCUUUGAGAAGCACACCCGGCGGAAGACGCGGCCCCCUGUGCGGCUAGUGCCCAAGGUCAAGUUUGAGAAGGUGGAGGAGGAGGAGCAGGAGGUGUACGAGGUUUCUGUGCCUGGUGACGACAAGGACGCAGGCCCAGAGGAAGCCCCUGCUGAGGCGGCCAGUGGCGGCUGUGAGGCCCUGGUGCAGAGCAGUGCUGUCAAGAUGAUCGACCUCAGCGCCUUUAGCCGCAAGCCCCGGACACUCCGGCACCUGCCCCGAACCCCGAGGCCGGAGCUGGACGUGGCCCCCUACGACCCUCACUUCCCUGCCCCAGCCCGGGAUGGCUUCCCCGAGCCCAGCAUGGCGCUCCCUGGGACAGAGGCCUUGCCCACAGAAUGUGGGUUCGAGCCACCCCACCUGGCCCCAUUGAGCGACCCCGAGGCCCCCAGCAUGGAGUCCCCAGAGCCCGUCAAGUCAGAACAGGGCUUCGUGUGGCAGGAGGCCGGCGAGUUCGAGGCCGAUGCAGCGGGCUCGACGGUGGAACGCCACAAGAAGGCCCAGCUGGAUCGGCUGGACAUCAACGUGCAGAUCGACGACUCCUACCUGGUGGAGGCCGGUGACCGCCAGAAGCGCUGGCAGUGCCGCAUGUGUGAGAAGUCCUACACGUCCAAGUACAACCUGGUGACGCACAUUCUGGGCCACAACGGCAUCAAGCCCCACUCGUGCCCACACUGCAGCAAGCUCUUUAAGCAGCCCAGCCACCUGCAGACGCACCUGCUCACGCACCAGGGCACCCGGCCCCACAAGUGCCAGGUCUGCCACAAGGCCUUCACGCAGACCAGCCACCUCAAGCGCCACAUGCUGCUGCACUCGGAGGUCAAGCCCUACAGCUGCCACUUCUGCGGCCGUGGCUUCGCCUACCCCAGCGAGCUCAAGGCCCACGAAGUGAAGCACGAGAGUGGCCGCUGCCACGUCUGCGUCGAGUGCGGCCUGGACUUCUCCACCCUGACCCAGCUCAAGCGCCACCUGGCCUCCCACCAGGGCCCCACCCUCUACCAGUGCCUCGAGUGCGACAAGUCCUUCCACUACCGCAGCCAGCUGCAGAACCACAUGCUCAAGCACCAGAACGUGCGGCCCUUCGUGUGCACUGAGUGCGGCAUGGAGUUCAGCCAGAUCCACCACCUCAAGCAGCACUCUCUCACCCACAAGGGCGUGAAGGAGUUCAAGUGCGAGGUGUGUGGCCGGGAGUUCACCCUGCAGGCGAACAUGAAGCGGCACAUGCUGAUCCACACCAGCGUCCGGCCCUACCAGUGCCACAUCUGCUUCAAGACCUUCGUGCAGAAGCAGACCCUCAAGACCCACAUGAUUGUACACUCGCCCGUGAAGCCAUUCAAAUGCAAGGUGUGCGGGAAGUCCUUCAACCGCAUGUACAACCUGCUGGGCCACAUGCACCUGCACGCAGGCAGCAAGCCCUUCAAGUGCCCCUACUGCUCCAGCAAGUUUAACCUCAAGGGCAACCUGAGCCGGCACAUGAAGGUCAAGCACGGCGUCAUGGACAUUGGCCUGGACAGUCAAGACCCCAUGAUGGAGCUGACAGGCACUGACCCUUCUGAGCUAGACGGCCAGCAGGAGAUAGAGGACUUCGAGGAGAACGCCUACAGCUACACGAGCGUGGACGGCGGCGCCGAGGCCAGCGUCCUCACCGAACAGGCCAUGAAGGAGAUGGCCUACUACAAUGUGCUAUAGCGCAAGCUGGGCCACCCCCAACGGGGGCCGGGGGGCCGGGCGUGGGGGUGAGACCCACGGGCUGCGGGCUGCACUCCUGCAGCUGAGAAACAAGCUACUGCCCCACUGUUCUGAGCCCCUCCCCGAGUCGUUUGCACCACUAGGGACCUUUAGACCAAAUGGAGACAUACUACUGGCCCGGCUGUGAGCCAGCACUGGCCCAGGUAUCCCAGCGAGGGGAGGAGAACACACGAGGCCCAGAUCGGGGUCUCCCUAGCCUGCUUCCCCGGGGACGCGGUGGGAGAAGGGGGGCCACUGGGGACAGGUCACAAGGGCACAGGCCCUCGGGGUCUCUCCAGGCCCAGCAGAGCUCCUCAGGGGUCCUGACACUGGAGGAAGAGACCACUCGAGCCAUGUCUUUUUCUCGGCCAACUCCUGCCUCUAAGGAUGUCUGAGUUCCCUGCUCUGGUCAGUACUUCCCACCCCCACCUUGUCCAGGCCCCCUUCCCCCUGUCGACGGGACGCCAGGCAGGGCACUCUGCCUUCUACCUCGCACGCCUCAAGCCAGGCGUGCACUUGGCCCCGGCCCCGGCCUGCAGGACAGCUGGGGGGAGCCCAGCCCCCAGAAGACCCCUGUCCUACAUCCCUGUCUGGAAGUGGGUGUCCCUAAAGUGGAUUGCAACACACGUCAUCCACUUCGGCCCUAGCUGGAAUGACAAAGCUGGGACAGGCCCCUCAUCAGGCACACACACUAUCAAAACCAGGAGCAGGGGCCAGGGCAGAGCGGGGUGAGGGCACCACAGGGGACCAAGAAGGGCUGUCCUCGUGGAGGCCCAGGACCACCUGUGGGGGAGGGACUGCAGUCAUUUCUUAUUCCUGGGUCCACCUUGUGAUGGGGAUAGCCACGAGUCAGAGCUCCCCGGAAAGAGCAACAUAUUUAAGAAGGAAAGUGAAGCUCACAAAGGGAAAACAAGGGUUUUUUGAGCAAAGGGGUCUUUCGAAGGUAACUUAUUCUUUUUUUCUUUUCAACUCCGUGUCACCUAUGACCUUUUCUGAUGGAGAUGCAUUUUCUUUUCCAAGCGUAAGCUUCCUCGUGUGCUGUGCGUGCUUCCUACCCACCCACCCCGAGUGGCCUGGCCAGGCAGGACUGGGGCCCAGGUUGCCCUGGCCCUGGAGGAGCAGCCGUUGGCAGCAGCCUGAGCAGCUGGGGUAAGGAAGGAGAAGGCAGCGCGGGGAAGCCCUCCACCCCUGCCUGGCCCCUGCAGCCACUGACUCCUCCGUCCUGUGCCCCUGACUCUGCUCAGCCAACAGUGCGCUCCCUUGCUCGCCUGCUCUCUUCCCCUCUGUUUCCAUGCCAGCCUGCCCCUGCAACCAGAGGCAACAGGCCCAGGGCGGUGAAAUAGCACAUUCAGGAACUCUAGGGCACCCGGACCCCCACCCACGUGCCUCCUGAGGACUCAGUGGGGCGGGGCUGGCAGGGGCCGUCCCCAAAGGCACAGAUGAAGCCACUAGCUUCAGCCCAGAAACCCGGAACGGGGAACAGCCUGGGUGGGCAAAACCCAUCUGCAGCGCAGCCACCCGCAAGGCUGAAUCCUCAAGUGAAGGACGAAGCCAGGCCUCAGGGUGACUGUGAUAAGGACUGAGGGGUGGACAGGGUGGCCCGAGUGUGGCUCCCAGACCCCGAGGCCCCACGGCCUCCCAGGUGCCCGCCAUGAUGACCCUCAGGUGGCAGUGACCCCGUCACUGUACAAGACAUUUUCUCCUGCUGAGCAGAAGGCAUCAUCCCCUGCAACUACCUCUUCCCACAACGUCUUUCUCCCCUGGUACCAAAAAGAACCCCGUACCUCCUCCUCCUCCUUUCUCCCGCCAGUACAGUGGCCUUGGGCUUGGAAACUGAAGGGAGAAGGUCUGGCCUCCGGGGUGGGGCGCUCCUUUCCCUCCCCAACCCCGCCAUCCGCACUGGCCCUCUGCGAGGUUCGAUACUUGAACGCCCCCUGCCCUGUGCCUUGGACCUGGGCAAAGCUGGGAGGAGGAAACAGCACAACUCACAGUUUGAGCUGGGGGGUGGUCUCCGCAAGGCUCCUGUCCGCACCCCUCCCUGACCUUCUCAAAAGAGGUGCACAGCCUCUCGGGUGACUUGGAAACCCCUGGACAAAUUCCAUUCUAACUUAUUUUGACAUGUAUACAAACAACUGUUUAGAGAUUCCACUUGUGCAAAGCCCUACUGUGUUUUUAUGUUCCUGUUUAAAAAAGAAGUUUACUUAGCAAUAAUUAUAAAUAAAUGAAUAUUCUUUAGUGA